AAUCGGAAACGUCAUGGAACUCCUUCAAAUUUUCUUAAUGAUGCACGGGUCCCGACUAGUUGUAGUGAAAACUGAAAACUGAAACGUCGUGAAUUGCUAAUUUAAGGCUUACAGCUUUUGGUGCCACUUUCAAUGGCGAUUCAGUUGUUCAAUAACCAAUCAAUGCCACCAAACAACGUUUCACAUUCUCUCUCGUUCAUCUCUAACCGCCUUUCUCUCUCAUCCUACGAUGGAGACCCAAGAAAAAAGAGGAAAAUCAAAAAGGAAAAACGAGAAAGAAGAAAACAGAGAAACUUUUAGAUCAUCCCUCUGUUCUUCGUCGUCUCUGGUUCGCGCUGGUCGGGGCUCGGGAUGGAGGAAAGAUGGCUUAGAAUGACGGAAAAGUAAGAGCGGAGAAAGCCCAGAAGACGUUUCGGCGUACAGGAAAACGUUCUUCACUGUUUUGUAAUGUUUGACUGCUUUUCCCGUUUUCCUGUACGCCAAACCUCUUUCGUUCUUUCGCUUUCUUUCUUCCUCCAUUAUCGCCAUAUCUGAGAUUCUUCGAAAAGGGUUUUCUUGGAAGCCAUGAACACCACAACCUAUGCUUUUUCCUUCCUUAUUCUCUUGUCCUUCUUAGCCAAUGUCUUCUCUCAGACUGAAAACUCGGUUUCUUUUGUCCUGAGCUGUGGCUCCGUAAAUUCUAGUACUGAUUCAGAUGGCCGGGUAUGGGAUUUAGAUUCCAAAUACCUCAAAUCAGAGGACAACUCAGUGCCUUCCAAGGCUCAAUUCCAGGACCCAUCUCUCCCUUCUACCAUUCCGUACAUGAACGCCAGAAUUUUCACCGCCGAGGCCUCUUACACGUUCUCGGUUUCUCCAAAGCAGAGGCACUGGGUCAGGCUCCAUUUCUAUCCAUCUUCCUACAGUAGCCUCAACGCCACCGAUGCCUUCUUCUCGGUUGUUGCAGGUGGGGUUACACUUCUGAACAAUUUCAGCGCUUACAUUACAGCAGAAGCUCUCACACAGGCCUACAUUGUAAGGGAGUUCUCUCUGUCCCCCUUCCCCACCGGCAAACUCGACCUCACCUUCAAACCCUCCGACAAACAUUCUGGUUCCUUCGCUUUCAUCAAUGGCAUUGAGGUGAUUCCGAUGCCGGAAUUGUUCCAUCCGGCCCCGGUGGUCGGUUCCGUCCAUCAAUUAAUCGACGCCAAGCUCUCUAACAUACAGACAAUGUAUAGGCUGAAUGUGGGUGGGAAUUAUAUCGCUCCUACAAACGAUUCAGGCCUUACCAGAACAUGGUAUGAUGACUCUCCUUACCUAUUCGGUGCUAACGUAGGCGUCACCAUGGAUGCUGAAAAGAAUCUUACAAUUCGAUACAAGGAAACGCCGGAGUAUAUAGCUCCGAUUGACGUAUACAGCACGUCGAGGUCGAUGGGACCGGAGCCUGAGGUCAAUGCCAAUGCUAAUCUCACUUGGGUCUUCCAGGUUGAUCCCAACUUCAUGUAUGUCGUUAGAUUUCACUUCUGUGAUCUGCAAAUGACCAAGGUUAAUCAGAGAGUGUUCGACAUUUACCUCAAUAACCGGACGGCACAGGCUCAAGCCGACGUCGUCCUGUGGGCUGGUUCAGGGGGAGUGCCGGUGUACAAGGAUUACGCCAUCUACGUGACUGAUGCACCCGGCGAUGACCAGCUUUGGGUGGCGAUGCACCCCACCGUCUCGGCGAGGCCGGAGUUCUAUGAUGCUUUGCUUAAUGGGUUGGAGAUAUUCAAGCUCAAUGACAGCAGAGGGAACUUGGCAGGCCCCAACCCAGUGCCAUCGCCGAUGCUCGUGAAGGCCCAAGCUGAGACGCCAAGGGCGUUUGCUCCAUCUAAAUCCAGCUUACAUGCCCGAAUGAUUGGUGGGGCUGCAGCUGCCGUUGGGCUAUUGGCUGCUGUCUGCAUUGUUGCAUACCGGAGGAAGAAGAGAGGCCUUGGAGAAGAUGCCUGUAGAUCUGGUUGGUUGCCACUGUAUGGAGGAAGUUCCCGCACAUCAGGGAGCAAGUCGACCAUCUCCGGGAAGAGUACCGCCAGCAGCCACCUUUCUACGGAGGCUGUUAGUCUCUGCAGGCAUUUCUCCUUGGCGGAGAUAAAGAAAGGUACUAACAACUUUGACGAAUCUGAGGUUAUUGGGGUUGGUGGGUUUGGGAAGGUCUAUAAGGGAGUUAUAGAUGGAAAUACCAUGGUAGCCAUUAAAAGAGCAAACCCAUCUUCGGACCAAGGAGUUCAUGAAUUCGAGACUGAAAUUGAGAUGCUUUCCAAGUUAAGACACAGGCAUUUGGUCUCUCUGAUCGGCUACUGCGAAGAGGAAAACGAGAUGAUCUUAGUUUAUGACUACAUGGCAUUUGGAACUCUAAGAGAACAUCUCUACAAGACCAAUAAAGACCCUCUCUCAUGGAAGAAGAGGUUGGAAAUCUGUAUAGGAGCUGCAAGAGGACUUCACUACCUACACACAGGUGCCAAGUACACAAUCAUUCACAGGGAUGUGAAGACCACAAACAUCCUUCUGAACGAGAAGUGGGUGGCCAAGGUUUCAGAUUUUGGGCUCUCCAAAACAGGUCCCAAUCUCAACCACAACCAGAGCCAUGUCAGUACUGUGGUGAAAGGGAGCUUUGGGUACUUAGACCCUGAGUAUUUCCGUCGCCAGCAGUUGACAGAGAAGUCUGAUGUAUACUCAUUUGGGGUUGUUCUCUUUGAGGUCCUGUGUGCAAGGCCUGCACUGAAUCCAAGCCUUCCCAAGGAGCAAGUCAGUCUUGCAGAUUGGGCAUUGCACUGCCAGGCAAGGGGAACCCUUGAAGACAUCAUCGACCCUGAACUCAAGGGAAAGAUCACCCCAGAAUGCCUAAAGAAGUUUGCAGAGACGGCUGAGAAGUGCUUGUCUGAUCAUGGAGUUGAUCGCCCAUCCAUGGGCGAUGUGUUGUGGAAUCUUGAGUUUGCCCUUCAACUGCAAGAAAAUCCCGACGGUGUGAAACCAGAGAAGGAUGAAGAAAAGGAGUUGCAGUUGGGUAGCCAUGAGACUAACAUAAGUAUUUAUCAAGCUACCCUAGGCCUUGGAGAUGAAAGCGAUGUCAGUAAGCAGCAAUCAGAAAGCAUGGUCUUCUCUCAGCUUAUCAAUCCAAAGGGGCGAUGAUCAGAAUUUUCUCCAUCAUUUUUUUUCUUCUUUUUAAUUUGGUUUGUUCAGAGGAUGCAUGAUUGCUUUUGAUAUUUGUUCUUUGUAUUCUGACUCUCUUUCUAUCUCUUCUUCUUCUUCUUCUCUUUCUUUAGCAUUCAGUACCAGACAAGAGAUUGAUUGUAACUGAUAGUAACUUGUAUCAAGGUGUACUUUGCUAUCUUAAUGAAUGCACUUCUUUAAAUUUUUGCA